AAAUAUCAAGGUUUGCAUUGAUAAGAUGCCAAUUGAUCCAGUGGCGCUGAAAAAGAAGAUGAACCGAAUGACCUCUGAUCCCGGAGUGUUUGCCGUCCUUAGCAGCUUACUGCUCUAUAUCACAGACCGUGGUGAUGAAUCUCCCCAGGUGCCCCCUAAGAAGGCCAAAUUGGCUGAAAGCAAAGAGAACAAGAGAGAUAGUAACCCAGAGUCCCAGGAUCCCAACAGCCAUAGGCGACCCACCAAGUUCCAGAUUCUACAAUCCAGGUUCAUGAAUCCAAACCGUGAGCCCUACAUCAAAAAGACAAGGGAGGUAGGGAGACUGAUAUUUAAGGACAGACAAGGAGCCAACAGGAGCUUUGUGAACACUACCAUUAACAAGCUCCUAGAAAAAACCAAAGAGAACACAGGAGAGAACAAAAAGUCAUUGCCAGCUGAGAAAUCCAGGUGGAUUAACCCCACGGGGAAGAGCACAGUGAAAAAUAUUCUGAAGAUGUUCCUGGCAGCCGAGGAGAAGGAAGCAAAAGAGAAAGAAGCGAGAGAGAACCCUCCAGUCAGGAAGCAGAGAGCACCCACUGGGGUUUUGCCAAAGAUUGUCGGCAAAAAGAACCCAGUCUUUUCCAAACUCAAGGAGAAGUUCGAACAAAGUGGUACGCUUUGCUCAGAGGCAAAUGUGUUGCUUCUGCGUAAAGAGGACAGGAAGAAAAAGAUUUUGCAAAGGAAAAAGAUGCACAAGCCAGAAAUCCGGGUGCUACGUCUGGCCACACUGGCUAGCACCAAUAUAAAGACCCCACUGGCUCAACAUUUGGCCUGCACAGCCGAGCCCAUGCCUGCUUUCAGCCUCGCCACUGUAAUCAGCAACCCUUUUAGCUGGAUGUCACACAGCACUAAAAUUAGUCGGUCUUAUUCUCAGACUGCUCCCAGGAGAGAAACAAGCAAGUCUUCCAGCCUCCAGCUUAUUAAACCUGAUGAAACUAAAAUAUCGGAAAACAUGCCACUAGACAGAGAGAACAAAGGGCAGCUAGAAAACAUGCAACAUUCAAUGCCCAAGGUCAUGGCUAAUCAAGGGAACCUGGUGGAGUCGAAAAUAGCUGGCUACGGUGCUGGACCUGGUUUUCUUCCGAUAACAGGCUCCUCUUCUGCUUUAUGUGAAAACAAAGGCCUUCUAGCCUGCCCUCCCAUUAUAUCUCCACACAGUCCAUGCAUGCAAAGGGUUGCUGGAUUAGCUGGACCUGAUAAGAUUUUAGCAUCGAGGGGAGAGAAUACAGCAGAGAGCUUAUGGGAAGCCAGCCCACGGGUCAAUUUAGCUCAUCCCAGUGCCUCUAGACAGGAUAGAUCACAGAAUAGCCUCCAGGAUGUAGGAGUACGAGAAAUUCCUGAAAUUACCAUGAGUAUCUCUACUUCUGAGGAGGAACCAGAAAUAAUAUCCCCAGACUCAGAAAGAGAGAACCUAUUUGCAACCCAAAAAUGUUUCACAGAACAGAAAGCAUCAGAAAAUAUUCCAUCAUUUUGCUCUUCUGCUGUCAAGGCUUCUCGUAGUAUCCAGUCUACAAUUGACCCCCCACAAGUAACAAUUCAAAUGCCAGUUGUUUACAAAAUGCCACCCCUUUCUACCACUCAACAAAGUGCUUCCAGUUUUGAAGGCAAUCGUCCACGUGUGCCUGAGGGAAAGGACAAGCUCAGAGAUAAGCAACAAUUAUUCCCUACUGAAUACAAAAAUGAUGACCAAGACACAGUUAUAUCCAGCAAUCUAGUUAAAAAUCCAAUUCAACUCUCUAUUUCCUCCAAGCAAAAUGACCCAAACAUCCAAGAACUACAAGCAGAGUCGAUGGGUACAGCAUUGAGUGAUGCGUUUAAUUUCAACCAUAAGCCCCCAGCUACCAUUCUGACCCAGAAACUUCAAGAAAAUGACGCCAGAGAGGAGAACGAGUCUGUCUUUAAAAGAUCCCCUAUGGCUCUGCAGAAUGAUUUCGUGAGUCCUGGAAGUAAGAGCAAUACUUAUUUUAACUCUGAGAAACACAAAUUACCUGAAUCAAACAAGAAGCCCGAGCUUAGAAAUAGCACCUCAGUUGAGAGAAAUAGUACAUGCGACACUAGUAUGCAUCCAGUGCCAUCCAGUGACUUGAUGAAGUCUGAGAACCAUGCUCAGAAGGGCAGGGAAAGCUUGUGUAACCAAAAAGAAUUUGAAGGGCCUUCAUUAAAGGACUCUGCUCAGGCCCUCAACAUAACUAAAGGAAAUAUUAAUCAUGCUGUUGGCAAGUACAAAUGGAAUUCAUCAACUGACAUGCCCCAACCUAGCAACGAUGCCACCACGGAGAAGGCCGUAGGGAACUAUAAGAAACAGGCAGCGCUGUCACUAGGUGACACCCCAAACACAGAAAAUAAUAUUACAGGAGAGAUGAAUAGCUUAAGUAACUACAAGGAAAAAGAAGCAUCAACAAAUUAUUUUGUGGCACAUGGAAAUUAUCUUGUAGAAGAGAAUUGCUCUCGUAAACCUGGAAGGCACCAACUAUUGGCAUCAAAUGAACCAGCAAAGCAUGAAAAUAGUACAACAACAGAAAGGAGUCUCCUGAGUGACAAUGGGAAGUGCCAAAUUUCAGCACCAAAGUCUCUUUUGAUACCUGAAAGUGGUUCUAUGGAAGAUAAUACACAUCAUAAGCUUGACACACACCAAUUAUCUACUUCAAAUGAAAUGGCAAGGAGCAAAACCAGUGCCUCGGUGGAAAGGAAUACCUCGGGUGAUGUUGAAAAGAGACAUAUGCCAAUGUUGGGUUAUUCCAAGAUACAGGAGAACAGUGCAACGAUGAAAGAACGUGUCUUGGGUGAUUCUGAAAAGAAACAAAUGACAACAGAUUAUACUGUAGCCCAGGAAAACAGGCCAAGAGUAGAAAGGACUUUAUUGAGUGAUACUGAAAAGAACCAAAUUCCAAAAUCCCAUUAUUCCAUGAUUCAAGAAAACAGUGCGAGAGAGAAUACUUGUCAUAGUUUAGAUAAGGAGCAGUUAACUUCUAAUGAAUUGGCAAAGGGGAAAAGCAACACUGAAUCAGCAAGACUUUCUAUUGACACAGAGAAGAGCUUUGAUGCCGCUUAUCAAGCCCCAUUAUCGAAAGCGGGAGUGAAACAAGUAAAUGUUAGUGCUGAAAAAAGGAAAAAUAAACUAGACAAGCACCAGUUACCUUUGUCCAAUACAUUUACAAAGCAUGAACCUGGGAUUCCAGACAAAGAUAACUCCAAGUUCAAUUGUGAAGAGUACCAACUAACCCUGGAAAAUGUGGGGAGGCAGGGACAUCCCACAAUUCAAAAGAAUAAUAGUUUGAGUAACCCAAGGAUAUCCCAGGUGCCACCACCAAAUGAUUCUGGGCUGAAGGAAGUCAAAUCCACAAGCCAAAAGGCUACCUCCAGCAUUGCUGAAAAGCAUCAGAUGCCAUCAUCAAAUGAUUUGGUAGGACCUGAAAACCUUUCUGGCGGAAUGAAGGAUGUCUGCCGAAACUUAGAGAAGGGCCAGUUACAUUUGCCAAAUGAGGUGGCAAAGCAUGAAAAUAGUCUGGUUCAGAAAGGUGGUGCCCAAGCAGAGAAGAGCCAGACAGUACCUCCAAAGAAUGCUGAGAAGCCUUUAAGCAGCACUUCUGUAGGACAAAUGAAAACUGUCUCGAAAUUACAACCCAAGAACAAGAAAACAAAAGAUGACUUGGAGAAAACCGUUAGUGAUACUACAGAUAAAAAAGAUACUUUCAACAGCAGUGAGAAAUGUCAAAGGCCAUCAUUGGGUGACGUUAGGAAGAAAGAAAACACUCCCAUGAUUCAAAAGAAUCAUACUACAGAUAGAAAAGAAACUUUCAAAGGCAGGGAGGAAUCUCAAAGGCCAUCAGCGAGUGAUGUUAGGAAGAAAGAAAACACUAUCUCAAAGUCAAAAGGCACCCAACAAAUCACAAAAAAGGUCAGUGUACCUUCCCCUGAACUUUUAGAGAAAUCUGACUCUAUUCCUGUCAAAGGCAAAACACCAUGCCCUGAUUCUGGGGAGUCUCAAAUCUCGUCAUCCAGUGACCCAGAGAGGUAUGAAAGCAAUCCUGAGGAAGAGAAGGAAAUCUGGGGCAGAAGAGACAAAUCGAAAGAACCCAAGAAACAAGCUAGAUUGGCAUCAUUUGCUAAAUACAAAGCUCAAAGUUUUAGUGACCAAGCCUCCUUUGAUUUAUCAUUUAAACCGAUGAUUGUUAGAGCAAAUGAUACAUUUAAGCUCCCUAAAUAAGAUAAAUGAACACUUUGUGUAUCAUGGUAUCAGUUCACCAUUACUGUUUUAUCAGAUUUUUUCUUACCACCUCUAAACUAUUGCAAGAUCUCAGCCUGACUUCCACAUAUGGGAUUGUUGGAUUUAGUGAAGUAUUUCUUUCCCAUUCUGUUUUACAUGAAAUGUAUGUUGAAAGCAUUGAAGCUUGGAAGAACUUAGUGAUCGAGAGUGCUCUUUACAUUGGAAUGUUUUAUCAAGGGAGGCUGGGAAAAAAAACCCUUUUCUGGAGAGUUUUAAAGUGCUUUAGGCACCUAAUAGGGACUUAAUGAAUGUUUGUUUUGCAUUUAGGAACUAUGAUCCCCAGAGGCAGGGAAAUAUCCUGAAAAGUCAUAUUUUAUUCCUUCCAGCCAUGGGAAUAUUCACAGUCCAGGAAGAGGUGGAAUUUUCUUCCUUCCUUCCUUUCUUCCUUCCUUUUUUCCUUCCUUCCUUCCUUUUUUCCUUCCUUCCUUUGUUUUUUCCU